AUGGGCUCCGCUGUCUGGUGUCGCCUCGGUGGCCUCAGCCUCCGGCUGGCCUGCCUCCUGUCCUUAGCACCGGCGAGGAUGGCCGCAGGUCUGUAUGAGCUCAAUCUCACCACUGAUGGCCAAGCCACCACGGGGACACAAGUGACCAUCUCAGCCAGCCUGGUGGCCAAUGACAACAGCAGUCUGACCCUGCCUGCCAGUGCCCAACUGUACCAUUUCCAUUGGAUCUACACCCCACUCAUGCUCACAAGCAAGACCGAAAAUGAUCUCACCUCGACCAUCGGAGUGGUGAGCAGCGUACCUGGGGACUUCCCAGUCUCCGUCUGGGUCACUUCAGCUGACUGCUGGAUGUGCCAGCCCAUGGCCAGAAGCAUUAUCCUUCUGUCUUUCACAGAGUUCCUUGUGGGGGACCUGGUCGUCACACAGAACACCUCCUUGCCAUGGCCUAGGUCUUACCUCACCAAGACAGUCCUUAAAGUAGCCUUCGUCCUCCAUGACCCCAGCAACUUCUUUCAGACGGCCUACUUUCUCUACAGCUGGGACUUCGGAGACGGGACUCAGAUGGUGACAGAAGAUGGUGUGGUCUAUUACAACUAUUCGGUUAUGGGAGCCUUCACGGUGAAGCUCAAGGUGAUAGCAGAGUGGGAGCAGGCACAGCCAGAUGGCUCCAAAGUCGUUAUGCAGAAGACUGGUGACUUCGCUGCCUCAUUGAAGCUGCAGGAAACCCUACGAGGCAUCCAGGUCUUUGGGCCUACUGUAAUUCAGAGCUUCCAAAGGAUGAUAGUGACCUUGAACUUCCUGGGGAGCCCCCCACUGAAUGUGUGCUGGCGGCUCAAGUCCGAGUGCCUUCCACUGGAGGAGGGGGAGUGCCACCCCAUAUCCGUGGCCAGCACAGCUUAUAACCUGACCCACAUCUUCCACAGUCCUGGAGACUACUGCUUCAGCAUCCGAGCUGAAAACGCCAUCAGCAAAACACACCAGUACCACAGGAUCCAGGUGUGGCCGUCCAGCCUCCAGCCAGCUAUCUUUGCUUUUCCAUGUGCCACAAUUAUUACCAUAUUGCUGGCCUUCAUCAUGUACAUGACCCUGCGGAAUUCCACCCAGCAAAAGGAGAUAGUGGAGAACCCGGAGCCGCACUCUGGGGUCAGUUGUUGCUGCCAGACGUGUUGUGGACCUUUCUGGCUGGAGACACCAUCAGAGUACCUGGAAAUUGUCCGAGAGAACCACCGGCUGCUCCCUCCCCUCAAGUCUGUCAAAACAUACACAGUGUGAGUGCCCUGCUCCCGCUCAGCUCAGUAUUAUCAGAUGUGACUCACUAGGAGCCUCAGGGAGGGUGGCACAUGCUGCUUAGGAGGGGUCUCGUGUAUGGGCUGCUCUGUUCAUCCCUAUAUGAAGCCCCCAUCCUCCUAGCCAUCCUCCCAUCUGUACAGUCCAGCCACUGUAGUUAGCCUCACUGUGUCCCCCACCCCUGCCCUCUGCCAACAUGUGGUGUGCUCCCUUGGGACUCUCCUAGGUGGACCUGGUCACCAUUCAUUCCAUAUUGGCCUAUCUGUUGUUCACCAGGGGUUCGUAGUUCCCUCCCUGGGGUGGCCCUGCUUAUACUAGAGAACUAGGAAGGAAACUGCACAUUCAGGAUACAAAGCGAAAAGUUAUACACAGAGAUGGGCACACACUGAGAAAUAUGUGUCACAUGGGCUUCCCAGAAUCACUCUGGAACUGUAAGGGCCAUUGCUAGGUGAACUUACACUAGAACUCAGAUGAAAUUUGGCCCUACCCACUCUACCCCUGUGCUUUGCCUCUGCAGCUCCCUGGUCCUAUUUUAAGGCCACUUACUUUGUGAGUGCACAGGUGUGCUUUGUAAAUUCAUCUUUCUUAUUGAAGCACAGAAGUUCAGUGUCCACUGAGGAGGUGGGCUGAGUGACCUGGCGUGGGACACCUUGUCCAGCAGCUGGAGAAGGGUGCAGGUGGCCCUGGCUCUCCCCCUCCAGCCAAGUUACAGGGGUAGGCAGAGGAGCAGGGAGAGCAGGUGCAGAGGGAGAUGUGGGUUAGGCUGUUUGCAGCAGCCUGCACCUGAUGGACUUGCAAGCUGGAGGGGACAGGGCUGUGUGCUAUGACCUGUGCUCCUGGAUUUCCUGGUGGGAAUUGCAUUCGCACCAUUGUACAAUUCAUGCCCAUGAAAUACUGCCAUUACUGCUGA